CAGUAUCAGCUUUGAUUGCAAUCGCUUUGCUUUUGGAAUAAAUAAGAUCAAUUGAACUCAAUCCCGCUCGAACCAUGAAGCUGAUACGGUGUGCUUUAGUACUGCUCCUCAACGUUUCGUUGACCUUGGCAGACAUCAAUCCGAAUUUUCUGGACUAUCCACUGGAAAUUAUCGACUAUUUGCUAGAGAACCAUUUCGGAACCUUUGAGUGUAUCUUUUGGGAUAUUGCGCAAAACAGCGAUGUACUGAGUGAAUUGAUGAAAUCGCCAACACUACAAUACGUGACAAAGUAUGUGGUACAGGGAUCUUAUAGAAGUAAGCUUCUACCAAAGAAUCCUUCGUUGCUGGUUAUCCAUCCCGGCAAUAUAUACGAACUGGCGCCUCACAUAAAAUCUCAGGACAUCUACAGAUUUCUAUUUACGAUCAACCCUUCCACCAAAGUGUUUGUAUUCUGGAAUAUCGACGACGUAAACGUUUUUCCUCAGAUGCAAUGGGUUUUAUUUCAGUGUAAAUUCAACAAUGUCGUGUUCUUUGAUACAAAAAAGACGACUGUAAUUUUGAAUAGCUUGGCAAGGCACUCUGUAAUUGAAGAUGACGUUAAGCCUUACCCAAAAAAUAGCCUAAAGUGGCUUAAAGAUCAACUAAGAGGAAGCACAAUCUUUUAUAAUAGAGGAGAGAAUAACGCCAAAUAUCACCCAAAGCACAAAUGGGUUAUGGUUACCGCGAAAUACUUAAAUGGAAAGGCUCUCGAGUACCGGAAAACGGAGGACGGUCCAACGGGAGCAGACAUUUUCAUAGAAAGAAGCGUCGCUCUUGCUACGAUGGAUGAACACUUCCGCAUGUUCUUCGAAAAAACACCGGCAGUAGGUCGUGUUGUGGUUCCUAGAGGUAGAUCGCUGAACGCUGUUGAGAUCAUGGUAUUGCCGUUCGAUUGGCAAGUGUGGACUAUGCUAGUGGUUAUUUUAGUUUCAGCAGAAGUUGCGAAACGGUUCAUGCCGGAUGUGUUCCAAAACGAUCCAGUGAUGCUCGUGGUUUGCGGUUUCGAACGGUACAAUCUACAUCACGCAGGCCGUUCGGAGCGUAUUGUUCUACAGUCACUGAUCGUUUUGAUGUUUUUCAUAACUAAUGCCUUUGAAACCAAGAUCGUUUCGUUGAUGGUUGACAGACCAUCGGCACCGACUGCCCAAAAAUUGAAAGACUUUGACAAGUAUGGGCUGAAGUUUCGAUCUGAGCUUGACAAAAACCCGAACGGUGUCAACAAUUCAAUAACCGGAAAGUAUCUAGUAAAUGGACCGAGAAUCGAGCUGUGGGAAACUAUACCGGGAUUUGCCAAGUACAUAAACCAGGAUAUGGCAGAUCUAGUUCCGAAAGUAUCGUACGACUUUGAACGAGACCAGAGCUGGUUCGUUGUUUUGGAUGAGAGAUUUCUUAGUAACUCUAUUCUCAUUCACCGAUGUGGGUUCCGUAGUCCGUACAUGCAAAUAUUUCGUUUCACGCACGAUGCUCUUGACGAGUCUGGCAUUAUGAGAUUGUGGUGGCGACAGGCCAGUGACAAGUUUUGGUUGGAGACUUGGGGCCUCAGGAGACCGCGUGGAAAGAUUGAAAAAGGAAAAUUUCUUACCUUCAGCGAUUUGCUUUUGGCGUGGAUUAUCUUGGCGAUAGGAAGUUGCGUCAGUUUUGUAGCGUUGAUUGCCGAAGUUUUGAGAAAGAAAUUCAGGUCUAAGCCAAAAGCUAAACAAAGUUUGCUGAUAAUUAUGUUUAAAAUGGUCAAGUAAUAUGUUUCUAAAAAUCCACUUUAACUAAUAUUGUAUCAGUCACAUACGUCACCUGCUUCAGAAACAGCACUGCACAGCCCAACGCAGCGUCAGUUUUGUAACAGAAUUUGCAUGACGUACGCGCUACCACCGAAAUAGUGCAGCAAUCUCGCAGCCUCUCGCUCGGUUCCACCGCAGCUCAACUUUAAAUGCUGGCAGAAAUCCUUGAAAGCGAAAGCAACACACGACGCCGAAGCUGCAGAGAGGCAGAAUCAAAGAAGGUGGUGGGCACAAGGUCUCUGCUGCAGCAAGGCAGUUGAAUAACCCGUCGACAUGGUCGGAGUGGUUUGCUGCAUAGUGUUAAAACAAACGAAGUUUCGUUGAUGAACCUGUUAUUUAAGGCCGAUGCAAAUCGAAGAACUAAUUUACUUUUACUGAA